AUGGCCGUCAUGAGCAUCAUCUUUCUGCUGAUCAAAGUAGUUGUGAUAUCUUGGUUACCACAAGAGGGAGAUAAUGUUAAGGAUGAUCAAGAGGACCAGUUAGUAGUAGAUCAUUUAGCGGAAGAAGAAGAUAGUUUUCUGAAGAAAGGACCAUGGACAGCGGAAGAAGAUGCAAUAUUGGCAGCAUAUGUGACAAGCAAUGGAGUGGGAAACUGGAAUAUAGUGCGAAAGAAUACUGGACUAGCUCGAUGUGGGAAAAGCUGCCGAUUAAGGUGGACAAAUCAUCUUAGACCAGACCUAAAAAAAGGAGCAUUUACCCAAGAAGAACAACUCAAAGUUAUUCAACUUCAUGCUUUAAUGGGAAAUAAAUGGGCUAGAAUGGCACAGGAGCUGCCUGGUCGCACAGACAACGAAAUAAAGAACUUUUGGAACACAAGACAAAAGAAAAGGAAACGUGCUGGUUUGCCACUCUACCCAGAAGACAUAGAAGUGUUGAAUGUUGACAACCCACAAAGUAUUAAUCAAAAUGUUUCCACCCAGCAUGCUAAUGACUCACAACCAGGCACAUCAUCUCAUAAUGUACCAGAAUUGGUAUUCAACAAUUACAAGCUUGUCAAUGGAAAGCAUCCAUCCUGUGUUCCACCCAUUUCAGUGAUGCCUGAAAACAGCACCUUUGAGCAACAAGAUAAUUCAGAUAAACAAGUUAUGCAUCCGCCACAUUUGCAAAUUAUGCAUCGUUCCCACGAGCAGCUUCAAGACUCGCUACCAAAUGAUUAUAUAAAGUUUCAGGGUGAUUACAUGUCUUGUGAUGAUAAAUGUUCAAGUGGCAUUUCCCUGCCAUCAUUUGACGAUGACUUAUUGAGAAUGGGAGAGGAUCCUCCGACUCAGACUCAUGAUCAAUACUAUGAACCACGUUCUCCACGCAGCAAUGGCUAUUUGGAAUCCAUAUUUUGCCCACCACCAAAGAUUGUGGAAGGAUCAGAUGAUUGUUCCAUGCAAGGAGAGUCAAGUUUAGGAAACGGAGAAAAUUUAGACCCCAUUAUGAAUCAAGAUACUUUAGGUGACACUUGGGAGUUGAGAACCCUUCUUCAAGAUGGAGGCUCUAUUGGGUUUGUCCUUGUUCCUGGUUCAUUUGAUUAUCUCCUCCUUGACCUAUCAUUUUAG